UCCAUUCAGCAUACAAACAAUUGCUCAAGGUUCAGUCAUUGUCAGUGUUUCCCAGCCUGUCCAUCUCAAAUCAAGACCUCUCAUAUUUAAGCAGUUAGUAUGCAAAACAUUGUGCUGUUGGUGUUGUGGGUUCUGGGAACAUCACUGGUGUUGCCAGACCCCGACACAGCUGGAGAGAAAGUGGUCGAAGAGCCUAUUCCAUGUUCUAAGGGAUGCACCUGUCUGCACGAUGACUACAGCUUGGAGCUAAACAUGUACUGCAGUGCUCGUAACUUUACGCAAGUCCCCUCUGACAUGCCCCCAUCCACUCAUUCCCUCUGGCUGGAUGGCAACCUCUUCACCUCCAUCCCAGCAGCAUCUUUUAAGGAUCUUUCUAACCUUGAUUUUUUGAAUCUGCAGAGUGGCAAAGUGGUGACACUUGACCCUCAGGCUUUCAAAGGACUUAGGUCGCUAGCACACAUUCACCUUGAGCGAAAUCACAUCCGGGUGUUACCAGCUACAAUCUUCCACAAUACACCUAACCUUGCUUCAGUUAGUCUGCAUAACAACCAACUUACUCGUAUUGAAGAAAGACUGUUUGCCGGACUCUCACACAUGUGGCUUCUCAACUUAGGGUGGAACUCAUUAGCAGUUUUACCUGAGAAUGUUUUCCAUGACCUGCAAGGUCUACGGGAGCUUGUUCUAGCAGGGAAUAGACUCCCAUACUUGCAGCCACAGCUUUUCCAAAAUCUUGCAGAGCUUAAAGAGUUAGAUCUGACUGGAAAUCACCUCAAGGUCAUCAAAGCUAAUGUGUUUGUUAAACUCACUAAACUGCAAAAGCUUUACCUGGCCCAGAAUCAGAUCGUGACAGUGGUACCCAGGGCCUUCUUUGGCAUGAAGUCACUAAGAUGGAUGGAUCUCACAAACAACAGACUGACUUCUCUCCAUGACGACACAUUUUUGGGUCUGCACAGUCUUCAUGUACUGCGUCUUUCCAACAACUCAAUCACUGGAAUUAGGCCAAGGACUUUCCGUGAUCUGCAGUAUUUAGAAGAGCUGCGACUGAGCUACAACAGGAUCCGAGCGUUGGGGGAAAGGAUCUUUGAAGGGCUUGGUCACCUUGAGGUCCUAGAGCUGGAGCACAACCAAAUGCAGGAGGCACAAGUUGGUAGUUUCACUGGGCUCUCUCAUGUGGCUGUCAUUAACCUGUCUGGAAGCUGCUUCCAAAGUCUGCCAGACCAAAUGUUCAAAGGUCUGUCAAAGCUUCACAGCCUUCAUCUGGACAGAGGUUGCCUAGCAAGGGUCACAACUCAAGCUUUCACUGGACUUUCUGGUUUACGGAGGCUUUUCUUGCAGCACAACAACAUCUCUUUGGUUGAACGCCAUAGCUUUGUGGACCUGGUGGGCCUAUUGGGACUGGACUUGAGUUUCAACAAGUUGGACGUUUUCACCACCCAUACAUUCUCCGGCCUUAAGAAUUUGGAGUACUUGCUGUUGUCCAACAAUGAAUGUCGACACUUUUUGCAGAAUGGCACAAAGCAGCUACUCCCAAAGCUGCGCUAUCUGGACCUGAGAGCUAAUACUUUGACAAGCAUGGUCCCUGAUUUUCCAGAAAGUAUGGAAAAACUUUUGCUGUCUGGGAACCAGUGGAAAUGUGAUUGCAGUGCCCUCCCACUCAGAAAUUACAGCUUGAGGAAUCCGUUGGUGAUACCUCGGCAAGUGGAGACCCAUGCAGAAGGUGAAGAGCCUGACACAACCAUCACCAUAUACAACAACAUUACAUGCACCAGCCCACCACGUCUAGCUGGUCAGGACCUGCGGGAUAUUGACAGUGAGCCCUUCCGAUGGUGCUAGACAAAUCUGCAUAAAUCUGUUUAGAAAAAGUGGUUGGUGUUAUCUGUAGUAUUUUAAAAAA